GCUCUUGAUAAAGCCACAGCCUCAAAAAGUUUUACAUCAAUAGUCAUUGCGCAUCGACUAUCUACUGUCAAAAACGCGGAUAAAAUUGUGGUGAUGAAUCAAGGUGAAAUUGUAGAAAUUGGGAACCAUGAAGAAUUAAUUGCGAAACGCGGUGCUUAUUAUAACUUAAUUAAAGCACAAGAUUUAAAAGUCGGAGAUAACGAUGUGGAAGAAAUUGAAGUUUCUUCCCAAUCUGAGGAUGAUCCAGAUAUAAAAAUAGUAUUUGAAGAAAAAGAUUUACGAAGAAUACCCACAAAAAAUUCAAACAAGAGUAAAAUGACUACAAAAGAUUCUUUUGAUGGAUCAUUGAAAAGUUUAGAAGAGGAGGAAGACAAAAAGAAGUUAAAACAACCAUCUCCUUAUGGAAAAAUCCUCAAACUUCUUCAAAAGUCAGAAUAUCCAUUAUUAUUCACGGGUUUAAUUGGCUCUGUUAUCAGUGGUUUAAUUUUACCUAUAUUUUCAGUUCUGUUAAUAAAUAUAUUAAAUUCUUUUUCCAAAACUGAAGAUUCAAACUUCUGGUCAUUAAUGAUUUUUAUUCAGGCCAUAGCUUCUGCCGUUGGUAACUUUGGCCAUACAUUUUUCUUUGCUUUUGUUGGAGAAAAACUCACAUGGCGUCUUAGA